AUGGAGUGGGCACCCUUGAUGGACAUCAUUUCGUGUAUGAAAGCAUUUGGAGAGUUCCCCGUAUAUGACACAUUCCUCAUAAGGUUACUGAGAACUCUCCGACAGCCCACGGUUUUGUCCUUCUUCGGGCUCACCAGGCGCGACGCAGGCGUCGGCGGGUUAAAGGGCGGAAACAGCCGUGAACGCCUGACUUUGGAAAACCACUUUCCACAACGUGCAUACUACAUUAUUUUCACCAACCGCACUCUUCAUUUACCUUCUCCUGAAUCUGGGAGUAAUUCAAACUCCGUAUUGCGCCUGAACGCACAGUUGUGCGUGCUUCCUACUCAUACCCAAACUCUUCACUAUUUGGUGUUUGAGGGAUUUGUGUGCGCCGUCGUACUCGUGGCUUUCCUGGCAUCAGUCAUGGAUAGCGAUCUCGACGACAUCCAGUGGUCUUGUGGUCGAAUUGGAGAGGUCGGACAGAUAGCAAUGAACGCCGCUAACAUAGCUGCUUCCAUAUUUUGCCACGCCUCAUCCACAUGCUCACUGCCACCAAAGUAUUGGUUUGCUGUGGAGAGUUGUUCGGCUAUCUCAGAUCGAUACUGCUGA